AUGGCUGAACAAGGAUUGGAAGGGAACCAACCAGUUGACCUUAGUAAGCAUCCUUCAGGGAUUGUUCCAACACUACAGAACAUUGUUUCAACGGUGAAUUUAGAUUGUAAGCUUGACCUCAAAGCUAUUGCUUUGCAAGCUCGCAAUGCUGAGUAUAACCCAAAGCGUUUCGCUGCUGUAAUCAUGAGGAUAAGAGAGCCGAAGACCACUGCGUUGAUUUUUGCAUCUGGGAAAAUGGUGUGUACUGGAGCUAAGAGUGAACAUCUUUCAAAGCUAGCUGCAAGAAAGUACGCUCGGAUUGUUCAAAAGCUCGGCUUUCCUGCAAAGUUUAAGGAUUUCAAGAUUCAGAACAUUGUUGGCUCCUGUGAUGUCAAGUUCCCAAUUAGGCUUGAAGGUCUUGCAUACUCUCACAGUGCUUUCUCAAGUUACGAGCCUGAGCUAUUCCCAGGACUGAUAUAUAGGAUGAAACAACCAAAGAUUGUACUGCUUAUUUUUGUGUCAGGAAAGAUUGUUAUAACCGGAGCCAAGAUGAGAGAAGAGACUUACCUCGCCUUUGAGAAUAUCUACCCAGUUCUUACAGAAUUCAGGAAGAUUCAGCAAUAA